AUGGAAGCUGUUAGUUCAAAGGUAGAUUCACACAUACACAGUGUUUUAUCACACAGAAAUGCUUUAAGACAUAUUGAUCCAGACAAACACUUAAAAGAUGAAGAUCUUUUAAAACAAAUUGGUUACAAACAAGAAUUAAGAAGACACUAUACUAUAUUUGAGACUUUUGGUAUUUCGUUUUCAAUUAUGUCUUUAUUACCAUCAAUUGCUUCAAUUUUACCAAUUUUACUUUCAAGUGGUUUAUUAGGUGCAUGGCUUUCAUGGUUUGUUGCUAGUUUUUUUAUCUUCUUAGUUGGUUGUGGUCUUAGCUUCUUAGGGUCUGCAAUACCGACCUCAGGUGGGUUAUAUUAUUAUACCAAUUACUUUUGUCCUGAAUCAAUUAGAGUUCCUUUAAGUUUUUUGAUUGGUUGUGCAAAUACAUUGGGUUUAUCAGCUGGUACAUGUGCAAUUAAUUAUGGAUUUGCAGUAGAAGUAUUAUCCGCUGUUUUUAUACAACGAGAUGGAGACUUUGAGAUUACUGAUGCUAAAUUAUAUGGGUUAUUUGCUGCAUGUGUUGUUUCAAAUAUUGUUAUUGCUUCGUUGGCCACAAAGCAAGCUGCUAGGUUACAAGCUAUUUCAGUUUACCUCAAUUUGUUUUUGAUUGCAUUAUUUGUCAUUGCUGUUCCUAUAGGGUACUCAAAGAACAAUAAAUUCAACUCCAAAGAGUUGAUUUUUUCAGAUUUGACUAAUUUCCGCGAAUGGCCAAUUGGUUGGAGUGUCUGUUUGAGUUUACAAGGUGCUGUUUGGGUUAUAGGAGCAUUUGAUUCAGUUAUUCAUUGCUCAGAAGAGUGUAAAAAUCCUCAACAGGCUGUGGCAUGGGGUAUUCUUGGAUCAAUUGGAGCUUGUGGUGUGUUCGGAGUUGCUAUUGUAUCUGUAUGUGUUGCUUGUAUUAAGGAUGGAAACGUGCAAAGAGUAUUAGAAUCAUCAACAGGUUCAGCUAUGGCACAGAUUAUUUAUGAUGCAUUAGGAAAACAAUGGUCAGUUGCAUUUAUGGCAUUAAUUGCAUUAGGUCAAUAUUUCAUGUCUACAUCUAUUGUUAUUGCAGUUAGUCGUCAAGCAUGGUCAUUUGCAAGAGAUGAUGGUUUACCUAUUAUUUAUAACUGGGUUAAAUAUGUUGAUCCACGAAUCAAAGUUCCAGUUAGAGCAACUAUAUUCGUUGGUGGACUUUGCUUAAGUUUAGGGUUACUUGUGUUCAUUGGACCAGCAGGUGCAAAUGCUUUAUUUUCAUUAACAAUAUGUUCAAAUAACCUUGCUUGGAUGAUGCCAACAUUGAUGAUUUUAUUACCUUAUGGUAGAAAGAAAUUUGUUCCAGGUCCAUUUUGGUUUGGUAAACCUCUUUCAUACACUAUAAUGACAGCUGGAGUUCUGUGGAUGAUUUUUGUAAUGGGUUUGUCAUUAUUCCCAGACAAUAUAAAAGUCGAUAAAGAGACCAUGAAUUAUACAGUUGUAAUUAAUGUUGGAAUGUGGAUUUUGUCAUUAACCUAUUAUUUCCUUCAUGGUCAUAAAAAAUAUUCUGGUCCCAAAUCUAAUUUAGAAGAUGAAGAUGAAUUUGCAGAAGGUUCAAGUGUGAUUAUGGUAGAGGAAGUGUAUGCCGAAACAAAAGUUUGA